AUGAAGUUUGUUUGGGGAAUUCAUCCUAAUGCAUUGGCAUAUUCCAUGACUACAUUAGGUGCUGGAAUGAUGAACAGCAUCUUUAACUUCUACUAUGUUAAGCUUUUCCUAAACAGAUACAAAAUCUCAGAAGCUGAGUUUCAUCAAGCACAGGUUGUAUUUAUGGUCUGGAAUGCCAUCAAUGAUCCUCUGUUUGGCUAUAUUCAAGACAACUCCAAACUCAGGUGCUGCUCAAAACGCCAGUUCUCAAUUUUAUACGGAGCUCCUUUGUAUGCAUUAGCCUUUUUGCUUCCUUGGUUUCCCUGGAGACACUAUGAAGAAGGUGACUGGCUCAGUGGGCUUCAUCUCAUAGUUGCCCUCUGUGCUUUUGACGGGUUGCUUACGUUUGUGCUCCUGGCACAGUGUGCACUCUUUGCUGAAAUCUCCCCAAGACAUGAAAGUAGGCUCCAGCUCAUCAAAUACAAUCAAGUGGCAACGCUAAUUGGAUCAACGAGUGUUCUCUUCUGUGGGCUCAUAUCAGGCAAUAUGGAAAAUUUUGCCUAUUUCCAGGCUUUCACUGUUCUGAUUGCAGCCUUAGCCACAGCUUGUAUGUGUUACACAGGCAAAUACAGCGUGAGUCAAUAUGAGCAGAGAGAAGUGUAUAUGGAGAAUGCUCAUCUGGAAAACAGUACUGGAGCUCUCUCCUUGGCCUCUGUAGUUUCAUUGACCAAAGAGAUUAUGACAGAGAAGAACUUUUUAGUUUUUGUCACCAUGAACUUCUUCCAAGUCUUCCACCUUGCCUUCUGCAACAAUUUUAUGAUCAUCUUUGCAGAUAAUCUUAUUCCUAAGGAUGCACUUUCUUCCUCAGUGAGAAGUAUCAUGUAUGGAGCAGGUUUUAUUUGUCCUCAGUGCCUUGUUCUUCUCAGUCAUGCUUGGUUGAAGAAGUUUGGUUAUUACAGAAUCAUCUUGUUUUCCUUUUACUAUGAAGGAGUAGCUGCAGCUGUCAUGUUUAUUCUUGGGCAAGAACACUAUUAUCUCUUGGCUUUUUAUCUCACAACAAAUAUGGUGAUUGUACAAGCUUCAUUUAGUUUGUUCAAUUUGCCUUUGGCAGAUAUUGUUGAUGCAGAUUUAAUAAAGCACAAAAGGAGGUCACCACUUUCCUCUAUGGUUUUUGGGACCAAUGCUUUAUUUACCAAACCUGCCCAAUCCUUGGCUCCGAUGCUUGUGGUUACAAUCCUGAAUCAAUUUGGAUAUGAGGACUUGAAUAAUGCAGUGGGUCAACCUGAUCCAAGGUCAUUUCUGGGUCUCCACGAUGCCAUGUUCCAUCUGAUCUGUCUGGUUCCACUGUGCAUUGGAGUCACACAGAUCCUGACGUGGACUCGCUUUUCCAUCCAGAGCAGUCACCUGACAGCUCUGCGCUGA